GAGAGCGAGCCAACUAUGUAAACAAACCACAUGUUAUAGCCAUGGUGGGUUUGCCAGCUCGUGGCAAGACCUACAUAUCAAAAAAGCUUUGCCGUUAUCUGAAUUGGAUUGGAAUCAACACUAAGGUAUUUAACCUGGGCGAGUAUAGGAGGCAUGCUACUACUGCAUAUCAAUGCCAUGAGUUUUUUCGCCCUGACAAUAUCAAGGCCAUGGCAAUACGUAAUCAAUGUGCUAUGGAUGCACUUACUGAUGUAUGCCAGUGGUUAGAGAAUGGAGAGGGAGAAGUUGCAGUUUUUGAUGCUACAAAUUCUACAAUUGAAAGGCGGGAAAUGAUUAAUGACAUCGUAGUACGAAAAAUGGACUUCAAACUCUUCUUUGUAGAGUCUGUUUGCAAUGAUCCAGAGAUUGUUGAACAGAACAUCAUGGAGGUUAAAGUCAGUAGUCCAGAUUAUACUAAUAUGAAUAAGGAAGAGGUUUUGGCAGAUUUUAUGCAACGCAUUGAACAUUAUCAAGAAAAAUAUCAGCCUCUUGACGAAAAUUAUGAAGCUGAUUUGAGCUUUAUGAAAAUUUAUAAUACAGGAGAAAAAGUUUUGGUUCAUAAACAUGAAGGCCACAUACAGAGCAGGAUAGUUUAUUAUUUGAUGAAUAUACACAUUGUACCAAGAACAAUAUAUCUCACGAGGCAUGGUGAGAGUCUGAUGAAUCUCGAAGGAAGGAUCGGAGGUGAUUCUGAUCUUAGUGAACGAGGUCAUACUUAUGCAAAUGCUUUAGCAGAAUACAUAGCCCAGCAAGAUAUACAGGGUCUUAGGGUAUGGACUAGCUGGCUUAAGAGGACCAUACAAACAACUACUGAUGUAAAGGCUCCUCAAGAAAGAUGGAAGGCUUUAAAUGAAAUUGAUGCUGGCAUUUGCGAAGAGAUGACAUACGAGGAGAUAGCUUCAAAAUAUCCAACUGAUUUUGCGGCACGAGAUCAAAAUAAGUUUUCAUAUCGUUAUCCAAGAGGAGAAAGCUAUGAAGAUCUAGUGGCCCGAUUAGAGCCAGUUAUAAUGGAACUUGAACGUCAGGGUAAUGUCUUAGUUGUUAGCCAUCAGGCUGUUCUUCGGUGCCUACUUGCAUAUUUUCUAGAUAAAAGUUCUGAUGAGCUACCGUACCUUCAAGUGCCACUACACACAAUAAUGAAGCUGACACCAGUAGCAUAUGGGUGCAAGGUAGAGCAGAUCAGGUUGCCUAUCGACGCGGUGGACACUCACCGGCCAAGACCAAAGAUACCCGGAUACCUAGAUGAGCGGUUCUGUUCAAAAUCAAUUGGACGACGUACAUGAUACGCCUCAACUACUGAAACUAUUGAAAUAUAAAGAAAUAUUUGCGUGCAUAGUACGCGUGCGCACUUCUGUAUCCUGUUUGAUUACCAAGAGAGAUAGUUCUUGUUGCGUAAACGAAAUCAUAACUGUGACAGCAUUUUUAUGGCAGCUGGCUGCUGUUAGAUAGUGACAUGAGUGAUCUAGCCUACGACUAAUCGGUGCUUCAUUGUCCUUAUUCUCUAGUGUCAUCACGAAUCAUCUACAUAUAGAAAGACCGAUGAGGUAAAAAGAAUUUCUGGCUAAUGGAAAUGAGUUUCAAAGCGAAAAGGCUUUAAUCCUAAAAUUUCUUUCCAAUAGACAAACGGAAGUAAUUUAUUUCAUGCAGCUCUAAUUUUAGGCGCUGAUAGGUAUAGUGGUAAGCGCAUUUGUAAUUUAUUGUUAAGAAGAAUGUGCAUUAAGUUACGGAAAAUCUAACGCAGAUCGUUCUGCUUUCUGUGUGACAUAACAACCUUUGUACAUUUGAUCUUUUUCGAUCUAGAACUUGUGGGUAUUGCGAGAAAGAAAUACGCAGUACAUAUAUAUCGGUUUGGUAAUUUUGGUUUGUUAUUAAAGAAAUAUUGCUUUCAAAUAUUUUGAAUCUCGAGGAUAUUGCUUAUGGAAUGCUAUCGCGUUUCUUAUUGCGGAAUUGUAAUUGCAUACCGCUGUAUAUUGACAGAAUAAUCGGUAAAAUGAAAAUUGUUGAAAUAUACUUUUUACUAUUCAACAA